AUGGUUUUCUCCAGAAGAGAAUUCACCCUCAUUACUGACCAUCAGCCCCUCAUGUCAAUUUUCAGCCCUCAAAAAGAGGUUCCAGCGACCACUGCUGCUCGUAUGCCGCGCUGGGCAUUGUCCCUCAGGGGAUACCAGUACAAGAUAGAGUUCCAGGGGACUGGGGACCAUGCAAAUGCGGACAGACUGACACGCUUGCCUCUGUAUGAUAGGAACAACAAACAGGAAGAUGGCUGUCUUUUAGACUUGUUCACUCUCAACCAGAUUGAAAGCCCGCCUGUCACCACUGAAAUGCUGAGGAACUCCAGACUGACUGUGGAGGAAGACUUGUCCAUGGUGUCUGCCACUGCUGAAAAUGGAGGGCAGACAGCACCGCCUGAACCCUCUGCAAUGGACUCUCAGCCCGCCACUAUCCCCACAUCCUCCACCGACACCAGUGUUCCUGUGGAAAAUCAGGCGGUCAUGCCCGGGAAAGGGGAACGCUAUCCCACUCGUACGAUUGGAAUUGGGGUGGGGGACCGUGCCAAUGUCCGGCCCGUCCCCAGCGACGGGCCGAAAAUCAUCCAGGCGCCUAAGGUGCCCAGUAGCCGUACUGGGCAGGAGAGGCCCACAGCCACCACCCCCAGGAUAGCAACGCAUCCGUCCCGCAGGGGGCCCGUCGGAGGAAUGCGGGGGGAAAGCCCCCCCCACCCAAGGUCGACCCAAGGGGGCCGACGGCGACAAGACCACGGACAGAGGCCGAACCACCCCACACCCAGGCAGGCCGCAGAGGCCCAGGGUCUCCGCACCCAGAGCCCGCCAGCGCCCAAGGGCAGGGUCAGCCCACCACCGGGGGGAGCAGAGCCCCCCCAGACCGCCCACCAGGGAGGCACGGCCAGAUACCCACCACUGCCACCCCCACCGCCCCCCAGAAGCCGACCGCACGCCCCCCAGCCCAGGGAGGGACAGGCGGAGGCCCACGUAGGGCCACCAGCCAAGGGGGCCCCCAGAGACAGAAGAGAGGCAGACUCCCGAGCUGGUCCAGACCCCCCAGGUAGAGGCAGGGCCAGUGGUCCAAGGACCCGCCGCGCCCAACCCCGCGGUGCCCCGGAGAGGGGUCCCCCAACAUCCAGGAGCAUCUGCGCCCGUCGACGACCCCCGCCGGGUAGGCAGACUGCCGCCCACCACAGUACCUUCAGGGAGGUGCGUCAUGAUGAGCCACAACCAUGCCUCCCGGACACCCCCCAGACCGAGCGCAGGGGACCCGAUCCCCCACGUCCAGCGACGCCUCAUGGCCACCACUGCUGCCCCCACCCAGACCGCCAGUCCCAACACGGCCAGGGGGUGGGCAGGAAUCGAGCGCUCAGGAGUGCACCCAUGACCACCCCCCCCACCCCAGCCCACCGGUGA